AUGUCUGUGCCUAGUUCAGUGUGUGGCACAUUCAAUUUUAAUCUAUCAUUCUCAGCUGAUAUAAUCCUGACCAAAGAAAAGAACUCAAGUUCACAAAGAUCUACUCAGGAAAAAUUAUAUUUAGAAAGAAGUGCCCUAUCUGGUCAGGUUUCUGCAAAAGUAAACAUUUUUCGAAAGAGCAGACGGCAGCAUAAAACUACCCACCGCUAUUCGAUAAGAGAUGCAAGAAAGACACGGCUCUCCACCUCAGACUCAGAAGCCAAUUCAGACGACAAGAGCAUAGCGAUGAAUAAGCAUCGAAGGCCCCGUCUGCUACAGCAUUUUGCAACACAGUCUCCUAAAGACGACCACCUUACAGCUAAACUUGACCACUUAUCAACCAAAGAACAGACUCCUCCUGACACAAUGGCUUUGGAAAAUUCCAAGGAGAUUAUUCCAAGACAGGAGUCAAACAGUGACAUUUUGAGUGAGCCAGCUGCCUUGUCUAUUAUCAGUCACAUGAAUAAUUCUCCUUUUGACUUAUGUCAUGUUUUGUUAUCUUUAUUAGAGAAAGUUUGUAAGUUUGACAUGACCUUGAAUCAUAAUUCUGCUCUGGCAGCCACUGUAGUGCCCACACUGACUGAAUUUCUAACAGGCUUUGGGGACUGCUGUAAUCUAAGUGACAACUUGGAGAGUCAGAUGCUUUCUACAGGUUGGACUGAAGAACCGGUGGCUUUGGUUCAACGGAUGCUUUUUCGAACAGUGUUGCAUCUUAUGUCAGUAGAUAUUAGUACUGCAGAGAUGAUGCCGGAAAAUCUUAGGAAAAAUUUAACGGAAUUGCUGAGAGCAGCUUUAAAAAUUAGAACUUGCCUAGAAAAGCAGCCUGACCCCUUCGCACCAAGACAGAAGAGAACACUACAGGAGGUUCGAGAAGGUUUUGUGUUUUCGAAGUAUCGUCAUAGAGCCCUUCUUUUGCCGGAGCUUCUAGAAGGGGUUCUGCAGAUCCUGAUCUGUUGUCUUCAAAGUGCAGCUUCCAAUCCCUUCUUCUUCAGUCAAGCCAUGGAUUUGGUUCAAGAAUUCAUUCAGCACCACGGAUUCAAUUUAUUUGAAACAGCCGUUCUUCAAAUGGAAUGGCUGGUUUUAAGAGAGGGAGUUCCCACUGAGGCCUCAGAACAUCUGAAAGCCCUCAUAAAUAGUGUGAUGAAAAUCAUGAGCACUGUCAAAAAAGUGAAAUCAGAGCAACUUCAUCAUUCAAUGUGUACAAGGAAAAGGCACCGACGAUGUGAAUAUUCUCACUUUAUGCACCACCACAGAGACCUCUCAGGUCUCCUGGUGUCGGCUUUUAAAAACCAGGUUUCCAAAAACCCAUUUGAAGAGACUGCAGAUGGAGACGUUCAUUAUCCCGAGCGGUGCUGUUGUAUCGCGGUGUGCGCUCAUCAGUGCUUACGCUUACUCCAGCAGGCUUCCUUGAGCAGCACCUGUGUCCAGAUUCUGUCGGGCAUCCAGAACGUCGGAAUAUGCUGUUGCAUGGAUCCCAAAUCCGUAAUCAUCCCUUUGCUCCAUGCUUUUCAGCUGCCUGCACUGAAGCAUUUUCAGCAGCAUAUAUUGAAUAUCCUUAACAAGCUUAUUUUGGAUCAGUUAGGAGGAGCUGAGACACCGCAAAAAAUUAAACAAGCAACUUGCAAUAUUUGUACCAUUGACCCUGAUCAACUGGCCAAAUUAGAAGAGACACUGCAGGGAAACUCAUGUGAUGCUGCACCUUCCCCAAGUCUGUCCAGCCCUUCCUACAAAUUUCAAGGGAUCUUGCCCAGCAGCGGAUCUGAAGACUUGCUGUGGAAAUGGGAUGCCUUAGAGGCUUAUCAGAAGUUUGUUUUUGAAGAAGACAGGUUACGUAGUGUACAGGUUGCAAAUCACAUCUGCAGUCUAAUCCAGAAAGGCAAUGUAGUUGUCCAGUGGAAACUGUAUAAUUCCGUAUUUAAUCCUGUGCUCCAGCGAGGCGUUCAAUUAGCACAUCAUUGUCAACACCUUAGCAUCACGUCAGCUCCGACUCAUGUAUGUAGCCAUCAUGACCAGUGUUUGCCUCAGGAAGUGCUUCAGAUUUAUUUAAAAACUCUGCCUACUCUGCUUAAAUCAAGGGUAAUAAGAGAUUUGUUUUUAAGUUGUAAUGGAGUAAAUCAAAUAAUUGAAUUAAAUUACUUAGAUGGUGUUCGAAGUCAUUCCCUAAAAGCAUUUGAAACUCUGAUAAUCAGCCUAGGGGAACAACAAAAAGAUUCUUCAAUUCCAGGUAUUGAUGGGAUAGACGUCGAACAGAAGGAAUUGUCAUCUUUAAAUGUAGGUACUUCUUUUCGUAACCAGCAAGCUUACUCAGAUUCUCCUCAGAGUCUUAGCAAAUUUUAUGCCAGUCUCAAAGAAGCCUAUCCGAAGAAACGGAAGUCUGUUAACCAGGAUGUUCAUAGCAACAUGAUAAACCUGUUCCUCUGUGUGGCAUUCUUAUGUGUAAGUAAGGAAGCGGAAUCUGAUAGAGAGUCAGCCAAUGAUUCAGAAGAUACUUCUGGCUAUGACAGUACAGCGAGUGAACCUUUACAUCAUAUGCCGCCCUGUUUAUCUCCCGAGAGCCUGGUCUUGCCUUCUCCCAAACAUAUGCACCAAGCAGCAGAUAUUUGGUCCAUGUGUCGUUGGAUCUACAUGUUGAGUCCUGUUUUCCAGAAACAGUUUUACCGGCUUGGUGGUUUCCAGGCUUGCCAUAAAUUAAUAUUUAUGAUCAUACAGAAACUGUUCAGAAGUCAUGAAGAGGAGGGAAAGGAGGAAGGAGGCCUAAAUGUCCAUGAAAACCAAGAUAUAAGUAGAACUUCUCAAUCUGAGAACACCAUGAAGGAAGAUUUAUUAUCUUUAACUGUAAAAAGAAGCCCCACACCAUCAGAGCUGGGUAGUCUAAACAAGAGUGCUGACAGUGUAAGUAAAUUAGAGUCACAGCAUAUUUCUUCCAUAAAUGUGGGACAUAUUUCAGCUACUGAAGCUGCUCCUGAGGAAGCAAAGAUAUUUACGAGUCGAGAAAGUGAGCCAUCACUUCAGAGCAUACGACUUUUGGAAGCCCUUCUGGCCAUUUGUCUUCAUAGCACCAGAGCUAGUCAGCAAAAGAUGGAAUUAGAGUUACCUAAUCAGAACUUGUCUGUGGAAAACAUAUUGUUUGAAAUGAGGGACCAUCUUUCCCAGUCAAAGGUGAUUGAAACAGAAUUAGCAAAGCCUUUAUUUGAUGCCCUGCUUCGAGUCGCACUGGGGAAUCAUUCAGCAGAUUUUGAACAUCAUGAUGCUAUGACUGAGAAGAGUCAUCAAUCUGAAGAAGAAUUGUCAUCCCAACCUGGUGAUUUUUCAGAAGAAGCUGAGGACUCCCAGUGUUGUAGUCUCAAACUUUUGGUCGAAGAAGAAGGCUAUGAAGCAGACAGUGAGAGCAAUCCUGAGGAUAGUGAAACCCGAGAUGAUGGUGUAGAUUUGAAGCCUGAAGCAGAAGUUUUCAGUGCAUUAAGCAGCCCAAAGGACUUGCUUGAAAACCUCACUGAAGGGGAAAUAAUAUAUCCUGAGAUUUGUAUGCUGGAAUUAAAUUUGCUUUCCACUGGUAAAGCCAAACUUGAUGUACUUGCCCAUGUAUUUGAGAGUUUUUUGAAAAUCAUCAGACAGAAGGAAAAGAAUAUUUUUCUACUCAUGCAACAGGGAACUGUGAAAAAUCUUUUAGGAGGGUUCUUGAGUAUUUUAACGCAGGCUGAUUCUGAUUUUCAAGGUGCGUUGAAACUGUUAGUUUUACACAAUAGCUUUGAAAUUAUUUUGUUGUUAUGUGAAAUGAAGAGUUGA